UAUGGACUAAUUUAUUUUGUCGUCUCAAUUCAUGUUCAUUUUUGUUAUUAUAGAUAUCAUAAUUUCACUCGCAACAUAUACUAGAAAAGUAGUUAUAGUUUUAACCAAAAACCGAAAAUCAAGUCAAUUUUUAUUUUAACAGGUAUCACCCACCAACUGGAAUUUAUUCCUUCCAUAUGUCAAAAUAACUCAAAUACGGAGACUUUCGUCUUCAAUUUUUUGGAUUCAAUAGUUAUUUAUUUCGAAUAAGUUAUGUGCUCUUGUAGUAUAAUUUUACACCUUUAUCUGUAAGAAGUGACACUAUAUAUUAUAAAAUGGAAGUGUCGGGCGGCGCUGAAGAAGGUUUCGUAAGGGAAUGGGCCCCUUGUUCGCAUAUUUUAAAUUUAAUUCCGCCUAGAAUACAGACUGGUAUAUUUUCUAAUGAGCUAUGCCUAACAUGUGUGGAUGUGGUGAGCGAGUACAUAGCUCUGGGGACGAACGUGGGUCUGGUGUAUUGGUACGACAGGAAAAAAGGGAACAUUCAGAGGUUGAGGUGUGAGGCAUCAACAUCACCCAUCACAUAUGUAAAGAUAGUGAGUACUGUGGACUAUAUGGUGGGUGCAGGCAAUGCAGCCGGCCAGGUCACCGUGUUCCAGAUUCCUAAGGAACAUCCUGAGAAUGUGCCAGACACCUUCAAACCAAAAGUAGAACCUAAAGUUGAGAGAUACACAAUUGGCGAUCUACAUAAAAGCAAAAUCACAGCUAUAGAGUGGUCCAAGAACGGCAUGAGGCUGUUUUCCGGCGAUAAGAAUGGCGUUAUCAUUAUGACGGAGAUAGAUUUUUAUAUGCACCUUUGCAAAUCGAUGGAGAUAGUGAACGAGGAGCAUGAGAUCGUCCAGAUGAGCUACUACCAGAACACGCUGUUGGUGUCCAGCGUGUACCGCAGUAUCGUGUGCGAGCGGCGCGACGGGCGCUGGCACGUCAACCAGCUCGGGAAGAAGGAGCGGAAGAGCCUGUGCUCGCUGGGCGCGGUGUUCGUGCACUCGUACGCGCGCGGCGAGGCGGCGGCCGCCUACUGCGCGCGGCCCGGCCUGCGCCUGUGGCGGGCCCGGGCCGCCGGGGACGUGCUGCAGACGCUGCUGUUCAAGGAAGCAAUAUCAAAUCCACUAACAAUAGCGGAGCUGCUGAACCCGAGCCAGCAGAAGCACUCUCACGCGCAGCGCGAGUACAACCUCGGGCCGCUGCAUGUGUUCCGGGAACACUUCCUGGUCUCCCACAAUGAGCACAUCCUGUAUAUACUGGACCCGAGGUCGCUGACCGCUGUCGCUGUUGUUGACGACCUUAGAAGGAUCCUGUCGGUGUCGGUGAACAAGGACGAGAUCUUCGUGUUGGAGGGUCCGCGCUCGCUGCUGCGGCUGGCGCACGCGCCCGAGCCCGCCGCCGCAGACGAGCCAGUGAACCAGAUGACGAAAUCCUUGACAACAUCCCUGCAGCAGGCCGUGAACACGGUCCGGGAGCUGGCGCUGCUGGAGCAGACCGUGCCCUACAUCAGCAGCGUCCUGGAGCAGCCCAUCUCCAUGUUCACCAAGAACGAGACGCUCGACGCCGGCGCCGUCGCCAGCGCUGAGGAGUGCUUCGAACUGCCCCCAAUCAAACACCUCCCCAACGACCUCUCAGAGAACGUUCUGGAAUCUAUUGUGAACGAGUUCAGAGAUGUAUCCAGUGACGCGGAGGAGAUACGCCGAGCGAAAACUGAAGAACUACAAAAAAAGUUGAAGUUGUAUAAUAGUAUUAUGGAGAAGAAGCACGACGAAGAACUGAUUCAUAGUAGCAGGCGCAGCAGGAGGAGGGAUGGGGGGUCCGGGGGCAGCACGCCGCGCCUCGCCACUCCCGUGCGGAAGCCGCCUGAUAACGUCAGCUACACCAGCCCCUGUGUCAUGAAUAUUAGCGUUUAUGGAACAUUGCCUCAACAAAACGACGAACUACUUGAAAAGCAAAUCGAAGAAAAAGAAAAGAUACUAGCGAAAAUGUUGAACCUUGAGUCGCUGAGCAUCGAGUGUCCGAAGUACGAGAGCCAGACGCCGCCCGAGCCGUCGCCCGUAUUCAGGCACAUCGACAUACAGCCCGAGAUCGAGGUAACCCGCAAACCACAGACACUCACAAAGACACCCAUCAAAGACCCCAACCCCAUAGACCUAGUCCCCCAGGUAGUCCAGCUACCAAACAACUGGAACCUAGAAAAUAUUGAAUUGAAGUUAGACGUCAAACAAAAUGGCUUCAAAGAUCGCUCUCUCAUAUCCCCCGACGUGCAUUUAGAUAGCGAGUGGGAAAUUAUCUGAUACAAGAGUAAGAAUGACAAAUCAAAUUAAUUUGGCAACCGAAUAAGGCAUUUUUGGUUCUAGUAGUUAUGCCAGAACCAUGUAAUAAACUAAGAAGCUAAAUAUAAGUAAUCGAAAACGGCUUCAAAUUUGUAACGAAUUUUUGAGCUUCAAAUGAGUAAAGUAUUCAGCUAUCAACUUUAUUUUCAAUCUGGCUUAGAGAAGAUACAGCAGUCCAUAAUAAACCGAGGCUUCUAUAAGUUAUAUUUUAGCCAUGAUUUAUUAAUAAGUUUCUAAGUAAUAUACGUAAUUAAUAUUUUGUUGCUUGAAUUGAAAAAAAAAAACCUUAACUUAAGUAUUUAUAAAGGCACAGCAUUUAAGUAAGUUUUACUCAAGUAAGCAAGGCACGGAUCACAAAUAUAUGAGAUUGAAUUUUCAAGUAUGCAAUGAUGAAUUUAACUAGUUCGAGUUAUAAAUCUAUUAAAUGAGAAUCGACUUUAUAAGUGAACAGACAAAUACGCACAUUUAAUGCGAUUUUAUGCCUAUAUAGUCGUUGAAUAAGUGUCGAAUUUUAUACAGAAAAUUAAAUUCGCGAUACUCCGGGCUAGAAACAAACAAUAGUCUAAAGAAAUUCAAGUCCUUUAAUCACCUUUGCACAGAUCUCUGUUUCAAAAACGUUUUUGCAAGUUUAGGCUAACGAGUGGAAUUUGAUAUCGUAGUUGUAAUGACAAGAACAAAGUCGUUUACGAAUGUUCAAGCACAAUGCAUUUAGUUUAAAUAAGAGUAUGGUAACACUGAUCCUAUUGUGAUCUCGAAAUAAUAAUGGUACACAUGAUGGUCUACCGCCAUCUUUUAAAGUAAGACAGCCAUGUGUGUGCUGUCUCGCUCGCACAUGAUGAAGUUUUUAGUGGUGUUUAACGUCCCGUAAUAGUAUGAUAAAUUUGUGUAUAUACGAAAUAAAAUACUAUAGCUAUAUGUAUAUCCUUGUUCCUUUUAUCACUGUAAUCAUGUCUCUCUGUGACAAGAACGUAUGUCGGCUGGAUUAUAUUCCAUUGAUUAUUAUAGCAAUAAAGAAGUGCAGUCUUAUUAUUUGUAGUUGAAUUAUGUUUAAAUAACAAAUCAUAAUCAUUAUAAAUAAUAUGCUUAUGAGAAACAAUUAUUAGUUUUGAGUCUAAUUACGUCAACGUUAGAGUUAAGUUUUGUGUGGCGGGUAAGCUGUCCUAAAAUUGCAUUUAAUUUGAAUUUAUUUUACCAAAAUAUGCAUUUUUUGGCAAAUAUCAAGUGUCCAUUAUAAGUCGAAUGACUUGGCUAGGUAUUAUGAUUGAAUGACAACAAAAUUAAUUAGUUUUUUAUUAAAUUUCUUAUUUAAAUGCAUAUAAUAGCAAUAUUUUAUAUUGAUUAUGUGUAACGGCAACUAAUAGUGGGCAAAAAAGGGAUUUAUUCAUUAAUCAUUUUGGUUUCCAAAUUCUUAUGAAUUUUAUUUUUUAUGAUAAGUACAUAGCAACAUAAAAUAAAUCUUUUUUUUCUAUUUUUCACGCUGAUCUUGGGAUUAAGGAAAAUGUGAAAGGUUUAGUUGGUGGAUGAUAUGGAAUUUAUUUGAAAAAGAAACAUCAUAUAAUUAUUCAUUCCUUCCUUUUUAAGGUUACCUAUGCAUAUCACAAGCGUAUUUGAAACAUCAAAGACAUAUUUUUUGGCAAUCAGGAAAGAUUCUCGUUUUACUGUCUACAUGAAAAAUUCUAACUUAGUUUUUAAUACUUACGUACUUAAAAUAAAAGAAAAAAAGACAAUUAAAGAAAGAUCUUCAAAGAAAACAGACAAUAAUCUAGUGUAUUCGCGCUAAAUUUAAUUAAAUACACAAGCAGUUUUUAAGCUACAUCCCACUACAUACAAUAGAAUAAUUACUAUACACUGAACACAAAUAAGUUGAUUAUUCCCAAGGCUUUUUUUUACCCCAGCUAAGUUUGCGAAGCAAGUUGUUUAAUUUAGCUACAAACCUCUUUAUCCAUGUAUACAGUUCCCAGUAAUUUAGAGAUACAAAAACAUACAAAAAAAGAAGUUCCUUACUUUAAAUUAAGCCUCCUCGAAAACAUCACAAUUUACACGAAUGUUUUAAGAUACAAUGUUCAAUAAGCAUUACUUAUGAGAAGUGUUUGUAUUUGUUACACUAAGUAGUUACUAAGUCGAAUGAUAAGACUCACUGUUAGAUUUUUUAUUUGUAAUAUGGAUAACCAGUAAGUCGCUGAAAUGUAGUAGCAUUGACACUUAGCAUUUUAAGAUAUUAUUAUGCAAACUAGUCUGCAGUAACGGUUCACUCGCACCGGAUAUUUCAAACGUCUAUGUUGCCCCUUUUACCAAAUUGUGUUUGAAAAUCAAUAUUAUAUUUUAUUGUAAAAUUACGUAGGUACUUAUUUAUUUUGUUUAUAUCUAAGAGUAGAUUUUUAUUUCGUUUUAUUUUAUAUUGGCUUUAAUUUGUAUUACUCAAAACUCUAUCCAUUGUCUCAAUUUUUUUAUACUCAAUCAUUUAGUAUAGCUAUUAGGGUUGAUAUUGGUGUGCAAAAUCAGUCAAAUUCUAAUUUGUACGUAACUUUCAGACAAUUUACCUUAUGUAAAGUAAUAUUCUAAUCCACACUUAUAAAAUAUAAAAUGAGCAACUUCUUGUAAACUUAUUUAGGCUUGCCAGACACGGACUUCUUACUACUGUCCUUAUCGACUGCGUUAUAAACGAUACCUAAUUUCUCGGAUACGAUUUACCCAUUCAAUGGCAGCUUCUAGCAGCUAGUGCUGAUUGUACGAGUAGUCCGUGUGUGGCUGGUCUUAGGGAUAACUCUCAUUAAAGCGGACGUGGCAGAGCCGGGGUCCGUCCGUGCUCCGCAAUUUAUAUUACAAUUAUUGUAGGGGCUGGGCGGGACCGUGCAACAAACAUGGUAUUGAAGUGCGUCGAGCGUACGGGACACGGAUAUUGCACUGUGUAAUAUAAAUUGAUUCAUAUAAAGUGUAUGUAACAGAUUAAAAUCAUGCCCGCUCUAAUGAAAAUCAUCCCUUACGCUGAAUUUUUAUCAGGAAUGUGUAACGCAGGUUUCCUUUUUUUAGAACUAGUAGAAUUUAUAAUUAAUUUACGCAUUAAACUUUACUUCGACCGGUUCUUUAAAAACACAACACCCGAUAAUCUAUGUAAAAACUCAUGUUAUUCAGAACGAUGCCUAUGAAUUCUUGAUUUUCAUCUAUAAGUUUAAAAAUAAGUUAAGUUUAUGAUUUUAUUGUAAAUCACUUUUAUGGAAACAGUUUGUGAUAUUAUUUGUAUUUAUUAGGUUUUUGGCUGAAAAAUAAAGUAUUACAUAAUUUA